UGAUCGUUUUGGCGCGUUGGCGCCUGAUUGGUCGAAUCCAAUCCAUUGAAUCCCGGACGUUUUUUUCGAAAUUCGUGGACCGGCAUCUCCGAUCUUUCGACGGGAAAGUGUGAUUCGAUUUUCCGAAAUUAUGACGGAGACGCAGCAGAAAGCCAAGUGUAUUACUCUGAAAGGUUCCGCCGAAUUGGUUACACAAUAUCUACUGUAUGGAGUCAAUAGUAUACUCUAUCAAAGAGGAAUAUAUCCGCCUGAGACGUUCCAACCCUCGGAACACUUCGGCCUAUUCAUCUUCACGUCCACGGACGAAAAGAUCGCGUCUUUUUUAAAUACCGUUCUUGGCCAGAUCCAAGAAUGGCUCAUUCAGCGCAAAGUACACAAGAUCACGCUUGUUAUAACGAAUGUCAAUACAAAGGAGGUGCUGGAAAAGUGGGAUUUUAAAGUCGAUUAUGAAGAUCAAAAGGCUAACGGAGUCAAUAGCAAUAUCAAGGCUGAGUUGCCCGAAGUAGAGACAAAGGAUGUAAAAACUAUUCAGAAAGAAAUACGCGAAGUGAUACGUCAAAUCACAGGCACGGUAAGUUUUCUGCCACUCUUGGAUUGCCUGUGCUCCUUCGACAUACUUACGUAUACGGUACCUGACUGUGACAUUCCUAAUCAAUGGGACGAGACUCAGCCAGUUUUUAUCGCAAAUAGUCAAGAGGUACAACUUAGAUCAUUUUCAACUUCUAUACAUAAAAUGGACACUAUAGUCAGUUACAAAAAUACAUGAACCUAUUUGUUUAUUUUUUUAAAUGCAACAAUUGUAAAUACAAACUCCAUUUUAUGUCCUGUAUUAAGCAUCGCUUACCAAAGACUGCUUUUAUUAAUUGCUGUUAAGUAUGAUGUGAUUAUUGGUGAUUGAUCCAAAGUAACAGCAGGAUCAAAUAACAAUACAGUAACAGCAAUACUUUUCUAUAAUAUUUGUAGUAGUUUAACACAUCAAUUAUCUUCUCAACAUAUUUUCUAUUAAACAUUUUUUAAACACAUUUAAAGUAUUGAGAAUAGUAACAUUAUAUUUAAAUAAAUAUUAAAUUUUUAAUUGACAAUAAUA